AUGCCAUUACCGGGCCCAGCAGCAGCCACAAUCGAGAACCCGGUCGAAAGUUUUGUGUACGACGAACUGAUAUUCAACGAACCCACCGAGGCGUUCUUUGAAGUGCUGACGUCGCGACCUGGAGCUCUUCUCCCCGCCAAAAACACAGAAGGCCGAAAGUACACGCAACAAACGGAGAACGAGGAGCUCGAUAGACUCAGUGCGGCCCUCGACAACGUCUACCAGCAAGUGCAAAAGACCAAAGAGCAGAUCAAAGCGCUCGAGGCCGAGAAAAACGGGCUCCAAGCGCUUCCGGCCCCGUCGUGA